CCGCAGCGUUUCGGGCAUUUUGGCGGUUCCCAACGGCCAAGAAAAAACCAGAGCCAGAAGUGGAGAGAGAGAGAGAGCGAUGGAGUUUCUUCGCUUCAACGGUUCAAUGCCUACAGCUCUUCCCUUCGUUGACACUCCGAGAUCUUCCCCUGCAUCCCGUACUCAGCUCCAUCUGCCGUCUCCCUCGACCUCGAGACCUUGGCUAACGGCGAGCUGCAGAGGAAGAGCAGGAGAGGACGCUCCUCUGUCCGCUUCCUCAGCUUAUGACAUCCUCGGCAUCGAACCGGGCUGCUCGGCCGCCGAGCUCAAAGCUGCUUUCAGAGCCAAGGUGAAGCAGUACCAUCCGGACGUGAGCACUGUUGGAAAUCCCGAAACAAUGAUACGCCGUGUAAUUCAGGCAUAUCAGAUGCUGUCCAAAUACAGCCGGUCGGAGAUCAUCGAGAGGGAAUACUUGGAUCCUUUUGAUGAACCAGAAUGUGAAGCUCUCGAUCUCUUUGUCAAUGAACUUCUUUGUGUUGGCAAAGGGUGCCCAUAUUCAUGUGUUAAAGCAGCUCCGCAUGCUUUCACAUUUGCUUCUUCCACCGGUACUGCAAGAGCAACUUCCCAGGGAAAAGGUGAAGAUUAUCAAGUUCAGGCUGCAGUUGGUCAAUGCCCAAGAAGUUGUAUUCACUAUGUUACUCCAUCACAAAGAAUUAUUUUAGAGGAGUUGCUUGACAGCAUAAUCGACGUGCCAUAUGAUACUUCAGCUGAGGCUGACUUGCUUUACUCAUUAAUAGUCAAGGCGAGGUUUGAGAACAAUCGGUACUGGAAGCCAAAGAAGCAGCCAAAAAACUCAUCAAAUCAUGUGGAUUGGUACUAGAAUACAACAUACAACUACUUUCUUGCAGUAAACAUCAUGUUCAUGCUCGUGCCGUCUCAUUAGAAGAACAGGUAGCUGUAUAUUCUCAUUGCCCGAUGGAGUUAUUUGUCAUUAUCUGCUUCUGUUAUUUAACCAAAACUCUUCUAGAGUCUCGCAGAUGAUAGUGUAAAUAAUAGAAUAUCUCAUUGCCUUUAGUAUUUCUGCAAUGAACAGAUGCAUAUUACAAACUUUACAAAAAAUACAUGAAUAUUGCAGCUUCUGUA